AUGUCCCACUACGUUGAAUCGAUUCUCGUCAACGCUACCUCGUCGACUGACUCUCAGCCAAUGAAUGAGGUUGCCUCAAGCCAGCGUUGCGCCGUGACUGAUUGUGGAAAAUGGGCCGUUGCUCAAUCCCGGUUCUGUGCCGAUCACAAGCCCGCCCCCGCUCCGACUUGCUGUGCGUGA